UGUAGCUAGCUACAUAUUCUUAAUCUGUGGACAUUAUUAUCGUGACACGGUGAUGGACUUUUGUGAAAUGUGAAAUCUAAAUACUAAUUUGUUAAGAGUAUGUGUAUAUUUAAGUGAUAAUUGAAUAAAAUUAUAGUUAAUAUGGAUCAAAGUAAUCGGACGAGAAGAAAUGAUUUAGACAUAGACAGUUUUAGAAGUGAUGAACCAGGGUUUGACAGAGCUCGUAUGAGAAGACAGUCUGGCGGCUUUGUAGAUCUUGGAAAUGAAUCACAAUAUGGAACAGGUGGACACCAAGCCUCUGGAGCCAACGAAAUAUUUGCGGAUAUUCAGGGUGACAUUCCAUGGUGGAAAUCUAAUUUUUUCAUAUCACAACCAGUACUUUUUGGUACAUGGGAUGGAGUGUUUACAUCAUGUCUUAUAAAUAUUUUUGGGGUAAUAGUCUUUUUAAGGUCUGGUUGGAUUGUGGGUCAAGCUGGCCUUGUUAAUGCAGUAUUUAUUGUAUUGUUUACAGUGUUUAUUGCCUUGAUCUCUGUACUAUCUGCAGUAGGCAUAUGUGACCGAUGCAGAAUAGAAAGUGGAGGAGUAUAUUUUCUGCUAGCUCACACUCUUGGAUCAAGAAUGGGUGGAGCCUUGGGAAUCAUAUAUUGCUUUGGACAGGCUGUAGGAUGUGCACUAAAUGUUGUGGGAUUUGGAGAGUCUAUGGCUAACUUAGUAGGAUUAGAUAAUGCAUGGGCUGCCAAAGGAUUUGCAAUUGCUGCUGUGUUAUUACUUGGAACAAUCAAUGUUGCUGGAGUGAAAUGGGUUGUAAAGUUACAGUUUGCACUUUUGUUAGUCAUUUUAUUAGCAGCUCUCGACUUCUUUGUGGGAUCUUUUACAACCACACCAACCAAAGAAUUCCAAGGUUGGUUCAAUAGUACAAUCACAAAUAAUACAUGGUCUAAUUAUGAAGAAGGAUACUCUUGGUUCAAAUGCUUUGGAGUUUUCUUCCCCACUAUAACUGGUAUACUGGCUGGAAUCAAUAUGAGCGGAGACCUAAAAAAUCCCUCUGUAAAUAUUCCCAAUGGCUCUCUAGCUGCUAUUGGUACAGGAACUUUCCUGUAUCUGAUGUUCGUUAUCACAUUAGCUGCGACUGUUACCCGAGACGCUUUGUUGAACACUUUCUCGAUAACAGCGGAUAUAUCGGCUGUGAGAGUACUCCUUCUAGCGGGCCUAUAUGUAAGCUCAAUGAGCUCUUGUCUUGGCGCCAUGUAUGGGACGCCAAGGGUAUUACAGAGUAUAGCCAACGAAAAAGUUAUACCUGGACUUGCUAUUCUUGGACAUGGUAGAGGCCCCAACAAAGUACCGAUAUAUUCAAUGGUAGUAGUAGCUAUAGUAACAACCACAUUCAUCAUCAUAGGAGGCAUCAACCAGCUCGCACCCAUCGUCACAAUGCCCUUCCUUAUCACUUAUGCUAGUAUAGAUUACUCUUAUUUUGCGCUCGCACAGACAUUUGAUUUGCAACAUAAACGUGAGAUGAGAUUCCAAGGAAAUUCUCAACGUGAUACGCAUGUAUAUGGCGCUACUGGAAGCGAUCUAGACCUACUAUUCCCAGAGAGAAUUCGUCAUAAGAAUGUCGGCGUAAGUUAUCAAAUAAUCUUAAAUUAAGGCUGAAGUUCACCGACUGUCGGUUAAACAUCGAUUAUCCAUCUUUUAAAACGAAUGUAGGAA